UCUCUCUCUUCUUCUUUGAUGAAGUUAAUGUGAGAUACUUUGGUUUUAAUCGAAACUAAUUGGUUAUUGUCUGGAAUUAGAUUGUGGGUUUGGUUUCUCUGGUUCUGCUGGCUUUGUUUUUAGUUUCUUUAUGUUAUUUUGGAAGAACUCGUCUUUUCUUUCGUCCUUUCCUUUUUUCCUGCUAAUAUAUAAAAAAAAGAAGGAUUUUUUUUAAUGUUUGAUUUGAAUUCAUAAUUUUAAGAAGUGGUGAAUAAUUAGCUCAUAAAUGGUAGGAAUUGGAUUGACUUGAACUUAAUUCUUGAAAAAAAUGUUAUCAAUUGGCGCAUGAAGUAAGGUGUUUUUCAGUAAAAGCAAUGUAGCUGCAUAUCCCAAAAGAUUCUCGAGGAUAUUAAGCUUUGGGGUUUUUUAAGAGGGGAGGACGGGGGGGCUAGUUUGAAAAGGAAAAGGUUCUAAUGAUAAUCAAGAUCAGUUUGUGUCUGUUGCUUGUUAUUAUGUUGACUAGUUUUAUAUGGGAAUAUAUAGCUUCUUUGUUUUUGUUUCAUUACUUAAUGCUUCAUAAUAAUUAUGUUUUAUGAUGUGAAUCACUUUCGUUCAAUCUCUCAUUACUUGUGUUUUCUUUUUCUUUUCUUUUUUGGUUGGAUGUCCUGAUCCGGAUAGAUAUUUAAACUAUUAAACUGGCUGUUGUUUCUUGGGCCAGUGCCAAUAUCUAAAUCUCAAGAAAUUCAUCACUUCAUUUUAAUUAUUUUUUCAUCUGUCGACAAUCAUCAUCAUCGAUCAUUAUCCUCUCUUUUGUCAUUCCUUCUUCUCUCUUGCCUGACGCUGGAGCUAUUUGCUAAUUUUUUGUGAUCCCUUAUUUGAGUAUCAUUCGCAUAAAACUCCUUGGAUCGAUAUCUCAUGGCACAAAUUCUGUCGAGAUUCUUACUCUGCAACUCCAUUUGGCCUCUCAUUUUGUUUCCACCUUUCCAUACUUGCUUUCUUCCUGCUGUGAAUGCUUCUGGCUUCUGUGCUUGCUUCACAGUUUCCUUGCAAGAUUCUUUUGUUAGAUACAUAAGAUGCCAAGAUCAGGGGGAAGUGGUGCAUCUGCUGAUGAACCAGAUAUCCCCGAAAAGUCCGUCGAGCCUGAAGAGCAGGUUGACCUUGAUGGUGACAAUGAAGCUGAGGAAACAAUGGAAGAAGAAGUUGAGUAUGAAGAAGUAGAAGAGGAGGAGGAAGUGGAAGAGAUAGAGGAAGAGGUUGAAGAGGAGGUAGAAGAGGAAGAAAUUGAAGAGGCUGCUGAUGAAGCAGAUUCGAAAAAGGGCUCAGAUGGUAAAGAGGAGAUAGAUGAGGAAAGAAAACAUGCUGAGCUUCUUGCACUUCCUCCUCAUGGAUCAGAGGUGUAUCUUGGUGGCAUUCCUCCUGGUGCUUCUGAAUGGGAUUUGAAGGAAUUCUGUGAAUCUAUAGGAGAAGUAACAGAGGUAAGGAUAAUGAAGGGAAAAGAUUCAAGCGAGUCAAAGGGUUAUGCUUUUGUGUCCUUCAGAACAAAGGAAUUGGCUUCCAAGGCCAUUGAAGAGUUGAACAAUACUGAGUUUAAGGGUAAAAAGGUAAAGUGUUCAACAUCUCAAGCAAAUCAUAGACUGUUUAUUGGCAAUGUCCCAAGAAACUGGGGAGAAGAAAAUAUGAAGAAGGCUGUAAAAAAGAUUGGGCCUGGAGUCAAUUCGGUGGAAUUGUUGAAGGACCCACAGAACCCAAGCCGGAAUCGGGGAUUUGCAUUCAUUGAGUAUUAUAAUCAUGCAUGUGCAGAAUACUCAAGAAAAAAGAUGUCAAACCCAGAAUUUAAACUAGAUGAUAAUGCUCCUACUGUGAGCUGGGCAGAUCCUAAAAAUGCAGGAUCUUCUGCUGCGUCUCAGGUCAAGGCAGUAUAUGUCAAGAAUUUACCUGAAGAUAUUACUCAGGAUCGUCUAAGGCAGCUGUUUGAGCAUCACGGAAAAGUCACAAAAGUAGUUCUUCCACCUGCAAAACCAGGACAUGAAAAGAGCAGAUUUGGUUUUGUGCACUUUGCAGAGAGGUCAAGUGCCAUGAAGGCUUUGAAGAACACUGAGAAAUAUGAAAUUGAUGGUCAAGUUUUGGAUUGUUCCCUUGCAAAACCUCAUACUGAUCAGAAGCCUUCUGGAGGGCCAAAUUCACAGAAUUCAUCCUUGUACUCAAACUUUCCACCUCAACUUGGCUAUGGUUUAGCUGGGGGUACAUAUGGUGCUUUCAGUGCAGGCUUUGGUGCUGCUGGCUUUACACAACAGCCUGUCAUCUAUGGCAGGGGACCGACUCCUGCUGGCAUGGCAAUGAUGCCUAUGCUUUUGCCUGAUGGAAGGAUUGGAUAUGUCCUCCAACAGCCUGGAAUGCAAGCACACAGCUCUCCACAGCCACAGGCUGGCAGGGGUCGUGGUGCUGGCAGCUCGAGUGGUGGAAGACGUGGUAAUGACCGUGGACGCAGCCGAUACAAUCCAUACUGAUUUGGUAGUGAAAAUGCAAAUGGGGAGAGUUAAAUGUUGCUGUUCGACAUUUGAUUAAUUGGAUGAUUCGAAAAGCUUUGUACCUUGAACAGAAAAACUGACGUGCUAACACGCUACGGCUUUUGCCCUGUUUUUUUCAGACUGAACUCACAGGGCAGUCUAAGUAGUUUAAUGAAUUCUCAAAACUAAUAGAUUACAUGUGUAAAGCGACUGAAGACAGCUUGUACUUUGUUUUUUAUUUUUUGAUGAAGCAAUUGUCAUUUUAACCUUACGUCUCGUCUGCUGCCUGGCUAAGGCAGCAUGUUGCUCGGCCCUAAAAGCUCAUCCAAAACUAUGAGACGUUUUUUCACACCUGAU